AUGUCUGACCUUGGCUCCAGUAUUCAAUCUCAAUUGAAAAGUUUCGACACUAGAUUCUCUAGCAACCAUAUUUUGCAAGAAUUGGAAAAUAGAACCAAGCUCCCAAAGUCGUAUUUGGCUAUUGGGGCAGCUUUCGUCUACCUGCUUUUGAUUUUCAUCAAUGUUGGUGGUAUUGGCGAAAUCUUGGCCAAUAUUGCUGGGUUUGUUGUGCCAGCUUACUUGUCUCUAAUUGCGGUCAAGAGCGCUGGCAAAGAGGACGACACUCAACUGCUGACCUACUGGAUAGUUUUCGCGUUUUUGAAUGUGAUUGAGUUCUGGUCAAAGGCUAUUUUGUACUUAGUGCCAUUCUACUGGUUCAUCAAGACUGUUUUCUUGCUGUACUUGGCUUUGCCACAAACUGGCGGUGCCAACAUGGUUUACAACGUUGCUAUUUCACCAAUUGCAGACAAAUACAUCCUACCACGUAACAAGAAAACGGAUGAUAUUAGGGCUGCUGUCAGCGAAGCUGCCGGAAGAACCACCGGUGCAUCCGUUCAUUAA